UGUCCCUGUCAGUCCACCACUCAUCUCUCCAACUGUAAACAUGCUGCUCCUGCUGCUGCUGCUCUCAUCAGUGUGUUUGAUAUCCUACUCAAUAAGAUGCUAAUGCUAAUAGCACUUUUUUUGGUUGUUUUUAUCAGUGCAGUCUCUUUACUGUCCUUGUAAACCUGCUGUAUACAACAUCAGUGUUUUUCUUACUCGCAUGCAACUGCAGGGUGACGUCCGGGCCCAGCGUGUGUCGGGCCAGAGGAAGAACGGCUCGUGUGUUUGCCAGGUGAACCCCGCCAAGUGGUCAUUCCCCGCUGUGAAUUACGAGGCCGCACUGCAGCAGGUUCAGUCCUGUGAAGGAUCUCUGAGCAGCCUGCAGGAACAGGUGGAGUUGUCCAACAGGCGUCUCCCUCAGAUCCAGGCUCUGAUAACGAAUGUGACGGAGCGGCUGAAGCCUCACCAGUACCUGCACAACCAUGGCCUUUACACAGACUUGCCUCUGCACCUGCUGGGCCAGGAGCUCAGCCAACUGGAGACUGACAUUGGUGCCAUCCACAGCCAGUUAAACGACGGCCAAACAACGAAACUCUCCAAAGAGGUGGCUAAACUGCGUACAGCUGUAGACAGGAUGCAGAUGUCAGACACAAUUAACAUGAAGACUGUCAAAGAGACAUUGCGCUACCUGAAGAACAGUGCUGAGUCCUGCAAGUCCAUCCCCAAAGACUUCAGAGGCCGGGAAAGGAACUGCCUCAAGGGCCUGAUCUCCAACAUUAGCGAUCCUGUCAUGACUAAGGUCAGUCCCCAUGGCAAGAGCUACAUCUCUGGUUCAUGGGGAAAGCAGGCCCAGAUGGACAGCGAGGGACAGAAGAACAGCUACUGGGUUCAGCCUCUGCUCAACAGCCACAUCUGGGGCAACACCCUGCGACUAUACCAAACAUACAAAGACUUCAUGGCCUCCGCCAACCACAGGGACUUCACAGUGGCUCCAUCCUUCACUCACGUCAACACCAUUGAGGGUCCCAGUGCCAUCCUAUAUGGCGAAGCGCUGUACUAUCACUGCUACCGCUCUGCAGAUGUCUGCCGCUAUGACUUAAACAGCAGCACCGUCCAGCGGGUGACCCUUCCGGGCAUCGGCGUGGGUUUUAACAACAAGUUCCCGUAUUGUUACUAUGACUGCCGCGCCAAUAGUGAUGUGGAUGUGGAGGCAGAUGAGUUGGGACUAUGGGCCCUGUAUGCCACCGUCGGUAACCAUGGUAAUCUAGUGGUGAGCCGUUUGAUUUGGGACGGCGAGGCCAAGACGCUCAAUGUCACACAGACGUGGGAGACGAGGCUGUUCAAGAAGGCGGUGAGCAAUGCUUUCAUGGUGUGCGGCGUACUGUAUGCCACUCGGUAUGUGGACGAAUACCGCGAAGAGGUGUUCUAUGCCUUCGACACAGCAACAGGCAAAGAGGACAACACACUAGCACUGCCGCUAGAGAAGGUGGCUAAAGGAGUGGCCAGCCUGAGCUAUAACCCCAUCAACAGGCAGAUCUACAUGUACAACGAUGGAUAUCUACUGGCCUACCAGGCACACUUCGACACUUUGUGAUUCAAUCACUCAAACCACUUGCAGAGUGGGUGUCACAGUUGGGUUUUGCUACGUGUGUUUGUGUGUGUGUGUGUCUCUCCUGAUCAUGCUCAUUCUCUCCACCUGUGCCAAAUCACCUGCCCCUGGUUUUUCCCUCUGCAAAUCCCACUCAUUUCCACUCACCUGCCGGAAAUCCGCUCAUCACCCCUCACAUACUUAUACUCCCCUGCUUGCCCUGUUCCAGUUGCCGGAUUAUCAUUUGUUCCUUUUCCCUUCCCGUGGACUCUUCGCUCUCCUGUGGUUAUUCCCUCGUGUUGACCCUCUGCGCCCCACGGUUUGUGUCUGUGCUUUUGGUGACCAAGCCCUUUUGUGACUUUGCCUUUUAUUUUCAGUUUUGAUUUUUCUCACUCCCUAUUGGAGUUGUUUUUGGAUUCUAUUUUUGUCUGCUUGAUGCCCAGUAAAGAGCCUUGCAAUUCA